AUGGUGCUCUGGAAAUACCAGCCGAAGAGAGGAGUGGAAACAGCUUUUGCCAUCGCUGUGUUUCAGCCCCUGAGCCAAAUGCAUCUUGACAUUAGGAAAGGAAUACAUUUGCUCAGCCCUUGUAAUAACACUGCGGCUAUCCCCAGUUGUCUUUUUGACGACCCUGCUCCUGUGCUGGAGGCUGCCCGGAGCCUCGAGGACCGGCUGCAGCAGCUCCCGCGCCUCGAGCCUGAAACCACCCCUCUGAAGGACCUCAGCCACCCCUGGAAGAAGCACUCGGAGCUUGUUAGCACCAAAGAGCACAGAGAGGGGACGUCGCCGGUGGCCGGGCUCGCGGCAGCGGCCAAGCCCCCGCUCUCCGGCAUUGACGGCAAAGCACUGUGCACAGAAACCUUGCUGCAGAGAAAUGAGGCAGAAAAGCAAAAGGGGCUGCAGGAAGCACAGGUCACUUUGGCCGCUCGGCUGGGGGAGGCAGAGGAGAAGAUCAAAGUGCUCCACGCAGCGCUGAAGGCCACUCAGACAGAGCUGCUGGAGCUGCGGUGUAAAUAUGAUGAGGAAGCCGCAUCCAAGGCAGAUGAAGUAGCCAUGAUCAUGACGAACCUCGAAAAAGCCAACCAGCGAGCGGAGGCGGCGCAGAGGGAGGUGGAGAGCUUGCGGGAGCAGCUGGCGGCCGUGAACAGCUCCCUGCGUCUGGCCUGCUGCUCCCCGCCGGGCGCUGCUGGGGACAAAGUGAACUAUUCCAUGUGCUCAGGGUCGAGGCUGGAGGCGGCUCUGGCUGCCAAGGACCGGGAGAUCCUGCGGCUCCUGAAGGACGUCCAGCACCUCCAGAGCUCGCUGCAGGAGCUAGAGGAGUCCUCUGCCAACCAGAUCGCCGAACUGGAGGGGCAGCUGGCUGCCAAGAACGAAGCCAUCGAGAAGCUGGAGGAGAAGCUGCAGGCACAGGCGGACUACGAGGAGAUCAAAACGGAGCUGAGCAUCCUGAAGGCGAUGAAGGUGGCCUCCGCCAGCUGCAGCCUUCCCCAGAGCAUAUCGAAGGCGGAGGAGGCCCUGCUGCUGGGGAAGGAGGCUUUCUACCCCUCCCAGAAGUACCUGCUGGAGAAGCCCAGCCUGCUGGCCAGCACUGAGGAGGAUCACUCUGAAGACGAGUCGGGGAAGGAUUCGCUGGGCAUGGAGCAGCCGUACCCGUCCCCCCAACAUGCCCCGGCAGACGAACCCGCCUCCCCCACUCCCCUCCCGCCUCUGCCUGGCCCUGGCCUGGCCCCCGACGGCCCCCGGACUUUCUCACUGUCGCCCUUCCCGGGGAGCGAGCGACUUUCGGGGGACCCUAAGACCCCCCACCUCCCGCCACCUGCCCACAAGAGCGAGGGUGGCGGGGCAGGGCCGCCCUUCCCCUCCGCCUUCUUUGGGGCCAAAACCAGCGCUGUGCCCCCCAGCACCGUGCCGGCCGCCAGCCCGCCCAGCGAGCCGUCCGAGGGUAGCGCCAGCAGCUCUGCCGAGGAGGAGCAGCUGGACACGGCCGAAAUCGCCUUCCAGGUGAAGGAGCAGCUGCUGAAGCACAACAUCGGGCAGAGGGUCUUCGGGCAUUACGUGCUGGGGCUGUCGCAGGGCUCCGUCAGCGAGAUCCUGGCCCGGCCCAAGCCCUGGCGCAAGCUGACGGUGAAGGGCAAGGAGCCAUUCAUCAAGAUGAAGCAGUUCCUCUCCGAUGAGCAGAACGUGCUGGCCCUGAGGACUAUCCAGGUGCGCCAGAGAGGUAGCAUCACGCCGCGGAUCAGGACGCCAGAGACCGGCUCUGACGACGCCAUCAAAAGCAUCCUGGAGCAGGCGAAGAAGGAGAUCGAGUCGCAGAAGGGAAGUGAACCCAAAACGCCGUCAGCGUCGCAGGCAGUGGCCAACGGGGCAGGCGGCAGCAGCUCGGAGGACGCCAUCAAGAGCAUCCUGGAGCAGGCGCGGCGGGAGAUGCAGGCGCAGCAGCAGGCGCUGCUGGAGAUGGAGUCGGGGGGCAGCGGGCGCCCUGGGGACACACCGCCCACCGAGCGCUCCACGCUGGCCGCUGUCAACCAGAACAUCGUCCCGACCUACGUCAAGCAGGAGGAGGGAAGCGGGGCCAGCCCCGGCCCCCCGCAGACGCCCCUGGCUGUCCUCUCACCUGCCGCCUUCGUCCAGAGCAUCAUCCGGAAGGUGAAGUCAGAGAUUGGUGAUGCUGGCUCCUACUUCGACCAGCACUGGGCAUCAGAGCGGAGCCUGCUCAGCCGACCCUACACUUCUGUCUCGCCUUCGCUCUCCUCCUCCUCCUCGAGCUACUCCAGCAUGGCCAACGGCCGGGGUUGGCCACGGGGCGAGCCCAGCGAGGGCGGCACCAAUGAGGAUGAGCUGCCACCGGCAGAUGAUGAGCCCCACCGGCUAACGGAGAUGAAGGCGGAGGGAGCCGGCGCGGAGCCGGCAGCCAGCGGUCGUCUCUCCUACUACCCCGCCUACGUGCCACGGACCCUGAAGCCCACUGUGCCGCCGCUGACACCGGAGCAGUAUGAGAUGUACAUGUACAGGGAGGUGGACACGCUGGAGCUGACCCGGCAGGUCAAGGAGAAGUUGGCCAAGAACGGCAUCUGCCAGAGGAUCUUCGGAGAGAAGGUGCUGGGGCUGUCCCAGGGCAGCGUGAGUGACAUGCUGUCACGGCCCAAGCCAUGGAGCAAGCUGACGCAAAAGGGUCGGGAGCCCUUCAUCCGCAUGCAGCUCUGGCUGACCGACCAGCUGGGCCAAGGCAUCAGCCAGCAGCCGACCCUCUCCCAGGCCAGCCCAGCGGAGCCCCAGCCGUCCCCCUCACCGCCCCCCAGCCCUGCCGAGCAUGAGAAGGGCUGCCAGGAGCCCCUCACCCUGGCCUUGGAGAGCAGCAAAGAAAACCAGCAGCCCGAGAGCCGCUCGACGCCUGCGCUGGGUGGGAAGACGUACCCCAACAGCCAGGGACCCAUGGGCAUCCAGGAGAUCGUUGCCAUGUCCCCCGAGCUGGACACGUAUUCCAUCACCAAGAAGGUCAAGGAGGUCUUGACGGACAACAAUUUAGGCCAGCGGCUGUUCGGGGAGAGCAUCCUGGGCCUGACGCAGGGCUCGGUGUCCGAUCUCCUCUCCAGGCCCAAGCCGUGGCACAAGCUGAGCCUGAAGGGGAGGGAGCCCUUCGUCCGCAUGCAGCUCUGGCUCAACGACCCCCACAACGUGGAGAAGCUGCGUGACAUGAAGAAGCUGGAGAAGAAAGCCUACCUGAAACGUCGGUAUGGGCUGAUGAGCGCCGGCUCGGACAGCGAGUCCCCCAGCACCCGCUCCGAGUGCGCCAGCCCCAGCCUACAGCCGCAGGACCUCAGCCUCCUGCAGAUCAAGAAGCCACGGGUGGUGCUGGCCCCAGAGGAGAAGGAAGCUCUGAAGAAAGCCUACCAGCUGGAGCCCUACCCCUCCCAGCAGACCAUCGAGCUGCUCUCCUUCCAGCUCAACCUCAAGACCAACACCGUCAUCAACUGGUUCCACAACUACAGGUCGCGGAUGCGCCGGGAGAUGCUGGUGGAGGGCGCGCAGGACAAUGACACGGACCCGGAGCAGAGCGGUGGGGCAGCCAUCCCUGGGCGCCGGGCCCCCCACAGCCCGGACUCGGAUGCCGAGGACCGUAAACCCGUGUUCGGGGGCGGCGAGCACCCCUGCGCCACCGUGCCUGUGAAGGUGAAGGAGGAGCAGGGGGAGGCGGGCAGUUGGGGCCACCGGCGGGACUUGCGCACCGACUGA